CUGUGCAUGCCCAAUGUAAUGGCUGGACUGCGUGUGUGUAACCUAACGCUAUCGUGUCGGGGAUUUUCAAGAUGUGCGCCGUCCGGAGUGUGCUGGUCAAGUGCGGAGACUCCCAGAAGCCCGUCCGCCUGAAGGAGCCGUGGACGAGACAGCACCUGAUGCCGGUUAUAUUUGAGCGAUUCAACUUGCCCCCUGCCACGCCCACACUGCUGCAGAUCUACGACGCCAGCUGGGAGACGUACGUUGACCUUGAAGACGACGACGACAUCCCCGACCGCAGCAGGGUCACCUGCAUCGUCAACCCCAACAUUUACAGCUCCGAUACGAAACAGGACCAGAGUUCGAACCGACGAGUAUCUACUAAUAACAAGGACAUCCGUGUCAGCUACUCAAAUAAUGCUUCUCCGAAGUAUGACUCGGUGAAGGCUGAGAAAUGCGUGCAGCUGCCUUACGGGCGACAGUACUCUGACCAUAGUGCUAAAAUAUCAUUCCCAACAAAUGAACGGUCCUUUUAUACGCAUCCGAUUCACGAGAACAAAAUACCAGGUGAUAGACCCGUGCUCCAGAUACAUGAACCGGAAGCUGAUGGUCUGCCGUCAGCGCCACCUGGUGUUUCAGUACCGAACCCCACAUCACCCUUUUCGGACACAAGUCCUGGUCAGCUCGAACAAGACGACACAGACGGACCACUCACUAUUGAUCUGUCGGGUGAAGAGUUAGUUCCCUUGUCUGAUGAUGGUCAGAAUGAUCCAGAGGAAUUGGAGUACAUGCCUGAGAUUCAUUUCCAGACGUCAUCCUGGCCGAGUCCUUAUAUUCUCCCUAGUGACAUUUUUCCUCAGAAGUUGAAGAGAGCGUUAGAGAACCAGGAACAGCUGGACUGGUCCCUGAGGCAUAUCCUGGUUCAGGGCAUCGCCGACUCCAUCUUGAGGUACACCACCUAUCCUUCUCAAUCUCAGAAGAAGGAGGUUAUAUCAGCUCUGUUUGAAAGGUACCCCUACCUCGCGAUCGACGGAGCCAACAGCUUCAAGAGGUGGCAUCACAUCUUUACGGAGAAAUUCAAGAACAUUCGGCGAAAGAUGAAUACACCGGAAGUUGUCCGACGGAAGCGGAAACGGAGUGAAGAAAGGCAGUCUGAAUUUCCUGGCGCUGUUGGUGACAGGUUUGUCACUGGAUUUGCCAAAAAUGACACUUUGAACGAUGAAUCACUGGACAUUCAGGUUUACGAGAACUCCUCCCCCAACCACACAUCACAGAAUGACGACAACAGCCAAGACAACGACCCAGCACAUCCGGCGGAGAACACACUACACCAAUCCUACUUCCAUUCCAUAGUGCAAAACAGACUUCCCAUAAACGACGCUUUUAACGCCAACCCUAGACGAGAAGAGAUUAUAUCCCAGUUUGAAAAUAGCUUCGGAAAUAAUCCUUUAAGCUGGCCUCAUCCGUACACACUACCAAAGAAGCUAUUUCCUCCCAUUCUCCUUAACGCUCUGGAAUCAAAGCAAUCUCUAGACGGACCAAAAAUGAACCUGCUGAUUCGGUGUUUGUCUGACGGGAUCCAGCCGUAUACGAUCCUCCCGAGUGUGAAACAGCGGGAGGAGGUUGUGGAGAGGUUGGUGAGUGAGUACCCGCACAUGAGAGACGGAACCACCACUGGCUGGAACUCCCACUUUAUCAAACUGUCGGAGAGGUUCAAGAACAUUAGGAGGCGUAUUAUGCCGGGGAGACGACCUCGUACAUUCCACAACUCUGUGUUUGCACCUCAUCACAUACCCCCUCUCCCUUCCCCGGGGGAGGCGGGAGAGGUGGAUAUCAGUAACAUUAAGAUUGAGAUCAACUGAGGAGAGAGCUAUGGUACUUGUGACGAGGGGAAUCUGAUUUAAAUACUGACUUUUAUUUAUGUUUUUAGACAUACUGUAUUUAUGUGAGGGAAUAAAAUUGAUACUUUGCUCGA